AUCGCCGGAUGUUGACGGUCGUCUCCCUGCAAACCAGUCCAGGAAGUUUAGUGUGUGCAGCAGUCUGCAGGACGUAGAGGAGCUGAAGAAAUGGUGCGCUUACACGUGAAACACGGCGACGAGAGCCAGUUUCUGUUUGAUACGACUGUUCACGUUUCUGUAGAGGAGCUGGUGAAGCAGGUGGCCUCCGUAUACAAUGGACGACUGAAAGUCAGUAGGAUCUGUUCAGAGAUGGAGGAAUUGGCGGAACACGGCAUCACACUGCCCCCCAACAUGCAGGGGUUAACGGACGAGCAGAUCGAGGAGCUGAAGCUGAAGGAUGAAUGGGAAGCAAAAUGUGUGCCCAGCGGAGGGAGCGUCUUCAAGAAGGAUGAGAUUGGCAGGCGGAAUGGGCAUGCACCAAAUGAGAAUAUGACGAAGGUUUUGCAGAAAACAAUGGAAGAAGCCAAAGCUUUAAUAUCUAAGAAACAAGCAGAAGCUAAUGUUUGUCUCACAAUGGAGAUGGUAAAAGAUGCCUUGGAUCAGCUGAGAGGCGCUGUCAUGAUUGUAUAUCCUAUGGGAUUACCACCACACGACCCCAUCCGGAUGGAGUUUGAAAACAAUGAGGACCUCUCAGGAACUCAGGCUGGACAAAUGGUCAUUGCAGAACCUGAUGCCCAGUUGUGGUGGGCCGGGAAGGAGAUGCUUAGGAAAAAAAAACUUGUAGACUACACUGGCAAAAAUGAGAAGACAAAAAUUAUUGUGAAGAUACAAAAGAGAGGACAAGGAGCCCCAGCCCGGGAACCUGUAAUAUCUGAGGAGGAGCAGAGGAAGAUGAUGAUGCAUUACCACAGGCGCCAGGAGGAACUUAAGAAGCUUGAGGAGGAUGAGGAUAUUUCGUACUUGAACACAGAUUGGGCAGACAACAGCUCCUUGAAAAGGCAGUUCCAAGGUGUAAAAGACAUUAAAUGGAGACCAAGAUGAAGACGUCUUAAGCUACUUUCACACUGGCGUUUUGGUUUCCGUUUGUGAGAUCCGUUCAGGGCUCUCACACGCGGUCCAAAACGGAUCAGUUUUGCCCUAAUGCAUUCUGAAUGGAAAAGGAUCC